AUGGAAGCGACCUUCACGGGCAGCGGUGGUGCAAGAACACCACUGCCUCGUUCUAAGAUUGGGGGGGGGAGAAGAGAUAACUGCCAUCCCCCCUCAAUCAUAUGGUCAACUUCCAUAAAAGGAAAGGUUCACCAUAUGGUCACCAAUUUUUUUGCCCCAAGUACUCAUGAUUUGAUCGUCAAGGAGGAAGAAAAACAAGGCAAAUAUCCAAAGAGCUCUAAUUUUGGUCAAGCCUUGCUUUAGAGGUGUUGUAUGUGAAAACACCCCUUUCCAAUGCAUAAUUAUCUCUUUCUUUACUAGCAAAAAUGUUGGAGGGAGAACCCUUCUUCAACCAUUACCAUAUGAUAUGGAGAACACAACUCAAUGCAAGCUGACCAGGUAAGUCAAAAUUGACCAAUCCAAGAGAUAUCAGCCAAAGUCCGACACAAGUGUUUGGAUCCCCCGCUUCAGAACUGAAUUGGGCAACUCCAAUUUAGAUCCCAAUUGACCAAUUUCAUUGAUCGUGUUGUUUCAAAUGCGUCAUGAGUGCAAUAUCAACAUCACACAUGUAGUAAUGCGACAUAUGUAUGUAUGUAUAUAUAUGCGCGCGCGCGUGUGUGUUAGAAAGGAUUCAAGCUUUUACCAGAUGACUUAAUAAGGAUGUUGUAACCCUACAAUGUGACUUCUACAAAGUAGUCUCUGUCUCGUUGACCUUAAGGUUUUUCCCUCACUCUUUCACCUGUGAACCCGACUUUCUAUCACAUGCUAGAAUAGUUUCACUUGAGUGGAAAAGGAAUCACCCCAUUUCUAAAUGCAAGUGCAUGCAAAGAGCAAAAUGGUAACUUUGAUUUUCAGGUGUCACCCUCCUAGAAUCCCUUCACUCAUUAUCUUUCUCUGAUUCCAGUAAAGAUGUGUGAUGUUGAUAUUGCACUUCACUUUCCACCCUCCGUUAUUCUUCCUUCCCAUACCCUCUCUUUACUUCAGCCUUCUCAGUCACUCCCUCUGCGUUCUUUCCAACUUCACCUCACCCAUCAAUCAUUUGUUUCUCUCUUUCUCACCUGUGACACUUUCCAGUUCUCAGUAUUCACCCUUGCACUGCUCCCUCCCUCCCCUUUUUCCGUUUCUCUGUACCUCUCCUGCACUCCCAGACUCUAUUUCUUCAGUCUCUUUAUCGCAAACUUACCCCCUUUGCACUCCCCCACAUCCUCAGUCCCUCACUCAUUACCUCCAGAACUUACUCUCCCCCUCUCCCUCACUAUUUCUCUCUUCCGAGCAUUCAUCCGUGUAAUCAUGUUACUUUACCUAGCAGAUGGAAUUUAAUUUUUAGAAAAAUAAAGAAAAUACAAUAUUAUCGGUCAAUAAUAUCGGACACCUCUAACAAGUAUUCAACGUCAACUGCGAUUAUUCAUAAAUCUAGCAGAAUUCAUUGAUACCACAAUAUUUUGAUCAAAUUUAUUCAACCUCUAGAUUUAUAGAACACGAUAAAAGGCUCUGGUGGUAAGACGACACAGCAAAUGCAACAGCCACGGUACCUCUACUCACACACUGAAGUAAACAAAGAACGACAACAGCAUUCGUAACGGUAAAGAAACCCGAAUCCGACCCUGAUAAAAUUGCGAAGUCAAAAGUCAACUAGAAACACAAGAGAGGGGAAGGAAUGACACUGUCCUUUCUGCAAAACGCGGUAGCUCGGCUUUAUAUGCUCAGGAAGGCACUGGUCUAGAACCGCAUUGCCUUUCUUUGUUGCCGUCACCAGUUUCUCCUCAGUCACGGUAAGAUCUAAUCAUGAUCGGACAACAAGUCAACGUAAAAGCCAAAUAUUCCGUGGUGACACCUUCAGGCAAAUCUUUUCCUUCCUACUCCACAUGGGCGGAAAAUCUCUCUACGAGUUCUCCCUUCAACCCGUUUGUAGGAAUUCCACGCAUUGCAGCCUGUUCCCAACGGAAGAUUCCGGGAGCAGCACCUUCCUGAAUACUUUCUCGUCUUCCUUCCUCAGUGCCGCAUCCAGCCUCCGGACCUAAAAUGUCAAUAGGCGACAGGCCAUACAUCGGUACAGGAGAAAUCACUUGGAGAAUACAGAGUGAGAGAGUGAGAGUGAGAGAGAGAGAGUAAGAUCAGAUGAGUGCUCACGAGAGUUUCGCUUGGCGCCGGUGGAUUCCAGGCCGCGAAGCUCUAGCUGUGCUCGCAACUCCUCCACCUCGAGUUUUUCCGGCAUUCCUGCUCGCAUCAGGGGGGAGGAGAAGAAGCAGGAACAGGAAUUCAGUAGGAGCGAAAGAGCGGUGGGGGAUCUAUGACGGCGGAGAAGGUGAGCUCCUCAAGAAGGCCGUCAUUCGGGUCUCCGAAGCAGUCCGGCCCUUCUCGAAACCGCGAUCUUCCGCCGCAAGGAGACGGAGGACGACGGAAUAAGUCAAUGGUCAGAGUCUUUGGGUCAGCUUAA